AUGCUGCCCCGACCAGAAGGCGACAAGGACUCUCAAAACAACAGCAGCAAUGGAAACAACAAUCAGAACAACGAGAGUAGCAGCAGCAGCUCAAAACCCAAGAAUCCAGACAUUCAGAUUCCGAGCAUACAGCCCAUUGAGCACGGAGAGUCGCUGACGUCUCGCGCCGAGGGCCUGGUGGGCAAGUUUGUCGACGAGUUUGGCAACAUCCUGGACUGGGAUGGGACGGUGCUGGGGUCGGUAGAGGGGGAUCUUCCGUCCAUGGUGGGACGGCCUGUGUCGGAGACGGGGGAGAUUCGGGAUAGUGCGGGAGAGGUGGUGGGAUAUGUUUCUGAGAACCACACGAAGCCGACUCUACGCGAUCUGGAAGGAGGGCUGAAGAUUGAUGGGGAUGGAAACAUUUACAACAAGAAGGGCGAGAUUGUUGGCAAGAUGAAUAAGCCUUCAUCAGGGGAGAAACAGGGGGAGGCGUCGGGGCAACAGAGUAAGGGUGAAGGAAAAGCUUCGAAUGACGCGGGCAAGGCGAAUGCCUCCUCAGCCCCGAGCCCCUCGGAGGUGUACCUGGAUGUCAAGUCGACACAUGAUGGCAUCCAGCUAAUCAUCAAGAUACCCACCGUGUUCAGAAGUGAACGAUGA